GAAGUGGAGGAGGAGCUAAGAUGUACUCCCUCAGACAGAGACAUUCGGUGGCCACGCCCACUGAUACCCCCAGAUCACACCCGUUUAGAAACAGUCCUGAAGAAAACAAGAGGACAGGGAGAUCUCCACCGAAAACCAAGCCUUGUUAUCUUGGAACAAAACAACAGCAGGAGAUGGCAGUAGCGGUCUCCAGGGAUCUGACAGUACAAGUGCUGAAGGAUGUGAACUCCUGCAAGCUAAUUGACAGACAGCAGGCUCUGCGUGCUGCUAUACAAAAAGGUGAACCCAAAUGUCUCGGGGUCAGUCAGGUAAUUCUCGGGCUCAUGGUCAUGCUUUACUCCAUUCCUUUGCACUUGACUCAAGAGACGCAAGUGGUCACCUUUGCUGUUCCUUGGUGGUGUGGAAUAACGUUUUUCACUGCAGGAGUGGUUGCCAUUAUCUUGGACAAACACAUCACCCUGAGAAUACUACAGGUGUGUUUGGUGUUGAGCGCUGUGUCCAUAGUGAUGGCCGUGACAGCUGUGAUCAUCUACUCUGUGGACAUCAGCCAGAAUCCUGCUGUGCCCUGCGAUGAGGGAACAAGCACUAGCACAGAGAUAGAGAGAGAUUGUGACGAAAAAUACUUCGCCAUGGCACUGAGCACAGGAAUCAAGUCAUCGCUUUUAAUCUUCACACUGGCCCAGGGAACACUGUCCAGCAUCAUUGGCUUCCUUCUUCUCCAACAGAAACAGAACUUCAUAGCGUACACCUCACUUUCUGCAGCAGCUCCCACUGCUCUUCUACCCGUCGAACAGAACCAGGAAGCCAUCAGCGACAGGACUGGUGAUGAAUAAUUUCAAACUUUGAUGGUUUCUGUUGAAUCAAACUCCUCUUUCUGAAAUGCUGCCUAUUGUUUUUUGCAUGCUUUGUAUAAGUAGUAUGGCUUCGAAAAAAAAAGAUAAAGUCACUUGAAGUAUUACAUAAAAAUAUGUCAUGUUAUAUACUUAUACAUAUAGUUUCGUUUUAUGCAGACUCACCCUUUGUAGCUAUAAGACAUUAAAUAAACACUCAAUGAAAAUUGUGUUUUUAACAUGCUCAUUGGAUUUUUUUUUUUGUAAUAAAGGACAUAUGUGACAAAAAUUAUAUUCAAAAUUGCAUUUCUUUAAUCAAAUCGUUGUUUAUCAGGAGCAGACAAAAAGUGCUGUUGGAAAAAUAGAUUAUUUUUGACACUGGAGAUGCUGAGAGCUGCUCCAAGCUUUCAGCAUAUUGGAGGGGAAGGGUGGGCGGAAUUUCUGACGACCUACUGCCGCUCUGCAGAAACUUUGUCCUAGAAAACAACUGAGGUUUUUAAAUUGGGGUAAAACUGCAUAAUUGCAGUCAAUAGACCACUGGGAAUGCUUUGUAAUAGAUCUUAAAUACUUUUUAAUGGUCCGCUUUUUGGGAAAAAAACAAUCUAAAGUUCAAAAUAUAACAGGAUUGAAGUAUUAAUUAUGGAUUUAAUAUUUAUUUUGUUGUAAAUGAACAUGGUAUGACCAGGAUAAUGCUCUUCUAGGUCUGCAUUAUCAGAAAUGAAUGUCUUAAUGGAAGAAGAAACCAUCCGACGCAGAAAUUAGAUUAAGAUGAUAAAAAGAAUGCACUAAAAUGUCUGUAAUGAAUUACAGAUUAAUGCGAUAAUUUGACACCCCUAAUUUUAACAUAAAGAGUCACUGACAGAUAUUGAUCUUCCUAAACCUGCCUCCUGUGGUCAUUCGAGGAACUGCAACAUAUUGCACUCAAAUUUUCUUUAGAUUUGGUGCAGAAAGUGGAGCUUGAAAAUUGUGUUUUUGAUGUUUAUAACAUGUACUUUUCUUGCAUUUCUUGUGUGGUGAAGAACUUAUAUAAAGUCAAUUAAGAUUAAAAAUGCAUUUCUGAGUAUUUCAUCAUUCAAAUUGUUGUAAAUCAGGAGCAGACGAUAAAAAGUCCUUUGGGAAAAAUUUGUAGUUAUUGCAUAAAAUGUACAAUCGACAUGCAGCAAGAUGAUCAGAAUGGGAGUUUAAACUUAUAUUAGAGGUUUAUUGUGCACAAAGACUUUUAUUGUGAAGUUUUAUACUGUCGCAUCUAUCAGAAAUAUUUAACAUAUUAAAGGUGAUGAAGUCUAGUAAUAAGCUUUUAAUGGAAAAAAAGCAAACCAGAGGGGUCAAACAAAAAUGUUAUGUUGAUCAAACUGAGCACAGUUCAUUAAUUGCAAUCAAUUUUUGAAUGAGACUACUAACUCCCAAAAAUCAUGUGAAAUAGCAUAUGUAAUAAUAAAUAAGAAAAUGUAUUAAACCCCAGACUAACCAUAUACUGUAUAUGUAUUUUUCUAUUUUUUUCUUCUUUUUUUGUUUGCUUUUUUCUGUAAUUAUUUACUGCUUAUUUGUUUAUGUAAUCUGAAACCCAAUAAAAAUUAAGUAAAAAAAGAGAUAAACCCCAGCAGUUGUGUGCCUUUAAGAAUUACUCUAUACAACAGGCAAUUCUACAGUUUCCUUCACCAUUUGAAGGAACUCAGAAGCUGGGGGAAAUUGAGAUGAAGUGAUCUAACAGACCCAA